AUGUUGCCGCCUCACUACCACCCCCGUGCCACCAAUUUUGUGGUCGCUGUUGAAGGCCAGACUCAGACAUGGAUGAUUCAAGAGAAUGGUGCUGACCCAGCCACCACGACACUCAACCCAGGACAGCUGACCAUCUUCCCCAGGGGCAGUCUCCACCCCACGUAG